AUUCAGAGCAUAUUUAGGUCUUUUUGGUUGAAGAUUCGCGUUUAUCAAUCUGAACAAACAAGGUUGUCUCCGGUUUUUGGUUCCGGUGUAUCUGCUGCCACCUGAUCCGGGCUGUAUUGCCCUGUGGACGGUCUAAUCCAUGAUCAUAAGCGUCCUAUGGACCCCUCGCCAGUAGACAACACUCCCCCAGCCGUUGAAGAAGAUGAAUGGGACACUGAUGGAUUCGUGAUUCCGAGCCUGGGAAUUGAAGAUCAAGAAAAAGGUAAAACAGAUGCUCCAGAAGUAGAAACCUUCAAACCUCCUCCUAAGGAUAAGAAAGAAGAGAACAUUUACCUGGGUCCACACGGAGCCCCUCCUUCUCAAGCAAAACAGCAAGAGUUGAACACCUUCAGCCGCAAGCAGCGGUUCAAGCAGAAACUGAAGGAAGCAGACAGGAGGGUCGGUGGAACGGGGCGGGAGAAUAAGCUAGAGAACCUGAGAGAGCUAGUUGGUGAAGAUAAAGUGGGUGUUGGGAAAGUGAGUGCAAAUAUGUCAAGGGAUUCUCCUAGGAAUUGGCUUGAUCCACACUGCCAUGAGUCACAGUUUGAGAAGUGGCACUCACAGUGAGUAGAGUUUAUCUGUUAGUUUAAGAAUCUAUUUGGUGAAUUUAGCUCCCAUAAUUAUAUACUUUGAUUGCUGUGAGACCAACAAAAUAAGGUAAUGUAUUGUUACAAUAAUUGGUCAGCUAAAGUGAAAUUCUUGUGUUUGAAUCGAGUAUUUAUGCCAAUAUUUUGUCAUUUUUCCCUUUUC